AUGUUCGUCCGGAAGGAACUGAUGUUCGGCUUGUGUGCUUUCCCUAGACAGACUUCUCCGACCAGCACCCAGCCUAAGUCAAGACGUUGGGCGAAGGGUGCAUUGACGAAGAAUCAUUUUCUAAAGUGUUUUACACUCUUACACUUACGCAGUGAGCUGGUUCUGAGCUGUUCAGCUCAUGGUAACCCCAGUCUUCAGUACUCCUGGAGCUCACCUGGAAACAAGAACCUCACAACCUCCUCCAUUUUCAUCAACAGCGUCCAGUCAGAGGAUCAGGGUCAGUACAUCUGCACUGCCUACAAUGAUGAAGGCUCUGAUUCAGUGACUGUGGUGGUUCACGUUGCAGUGGACUACAAGCUGAUCAUUGCUGUCUGUGCUGUGGUUGGCGUGGUUGGCUUGCUGAUUCUUUCCUGGUGGUACUGUUACCGACGCACCCACAGUGCCACUGUAUCCAGAAGAACCUGACAUCAU